AUGGAGUGCUUCUACCUCCUCAAUGACACAGGCGACAUCCUCAUGGAGCAUCCCUUUCGCAACCGACCCACGCGCCAAGCAGCAGAGUACUUUGCCAAAGACCGCACACAACGACGUCAUCCACGUCCAAGCAUCAUCGACGCACCGGGCGGUACACUCCAAAUACACCAUCUCAGUCAUGGUUCACUAUGCUUGCUAUGUACAACGAGUCGCGAAGUCGAAGCAGCGGGUGUUUUGGGGAUUUUACAACGGAUACUGCUCGUCUUGCAAGACUAUUUACUUGGCGGCACGCUCUCAAGCGGUUCAUCCACCACUCCGCAGCUACUCACGCCUGAUCUUGUAACAGCGAAUCUAGAUACGGUUCUUGCGUUGCUGUGCGAAAUGGUCGAUCACGGACAGGUCCUAACGACCGAACCGAAUGCAUUGCAUGAAGUGGUGCUGCCACCGAGUCUGCUCACGCGCCUCAUGAGCGCGACGGGCUUGCAAUCUCGCGGAGAGCAAAAUGCAUCCAGUAAAGCGAUGGGUACACCACAAGCGCCUUGGCGACGCGGCAAGGCCAAGUAUACGAGUAAUGAGAUUUUCGUUGAUGUUGUUGAGCACGUCACUGGUAUCAUUGAUGCACAGGGCAAGACGAUCACCAGCGACGUACAUUGCGCAGUACAUUGUGAGACUAAAUUGUCUGGCAUACCUGAUGUCAUGCUGCAAAUGAAGCCUGCAAAUGCCAUGCAGCUGCCUACCUUUCAUCGUUGCGUCAGAGUCGAUCGCUUUCUUGAGCAACCAGGUAGUUUCUCAUUCAUUCCACCGGAUGGUUCUUCGCCGAUUCCAUUCUCAUUGCAAUUCACGAAAUCGCGUUCAGUGCUGGAUGGGUUUGAUGUCGUUGUCACUGUUCGAACGACAGCUGCUCAACUGCCUGCAGAUAUGGUUGUGCGGAUAUCACUGCCCUUAGCAUCAUGCAAGCAGGUCAGGCUUGCUGCAUCACAGGGAGACACAUCGCUUGUACGGCAAGAAGAGGAUGCUACCAUGACUGCCAUCUGGACACUCGGUCCGCUGAAAAAGACCUCCCCUCGAAUCACUCUAGCUGUCAGUAAUGUUGCUGUGGAAGAAGGGAAAGAAGCAAUCAGUCAGGCUGCUCAUGCACUUGUCUCGUGUUCCAUGACAGGCACGCCAUUGACGGGGAUUAAAGUGGAGAGUCUCAAGAUGGCGCGUGUUGGGGACUGGAAACCAUACAAGGGCGUCAACUCAUCCCCGCCGACGUCAUUCAGCCAAAAACCAAAACAUCAAGACACAAGACCUCGCACAAACGAAAGUCAACAGCUAGUGGUGCCAGGCAGGCCCAGGAAGAUGAGGGCCGCAGGAGUAGUGUUUGCCGCAUUCUGGAGCAGUACGCUUGCUCAUCAAGCACCUUUCCGUCAAACACCUGCAGAGAAUGCAGCAUUGCAUAACCACAAACAUGACACGUAUGCCGGAAAAGCAGUCGCGCAGGGGCUUCAACAUGUUGCUGGCCUAGCAGGUGGUGUAGCCGCUGCAGGUAUUGGUUCAGCAGCGACAAAAGCCGGGUCAGCAGCAAAAGAGGCUAUUCAAUCUGCUGUACGACAUCCAUCUGCUCCAACUGCUCCUCAACCAGAUAUCGAGCCUGCGCCAGCAAUCUCACAAAAAUCACUCGCAAGAAUCAGUGCAACGCUCUGGCGAACAAUCGGGCUCAUUGCCUUUUUGUUCCGCAUAUUCGUUGGCAAGCCAUUACUCAAGAUACUGGGCAUCCUGCAUGUGCUCUUCAGACCCGGAACUGUUCUCGUCCAGCUCACUUGGCGAAUCUUUAUCGGUGUCCCUUUCGCUAUGCUUCAGAAAUUCAGCGGAGUCUUGUACCUUGCCUGGCUCUUCCUCGGCUCAGCAGCCGUCUUGGGCUUGAUGGUAGGUUUGGGUCUCGCAGGCUCAUCACGUAUCGUACGCAAAAUCUUUCCAGAUGCCGUCAGACCAAGACAUAAACCAUCGAUUCGAGCAUCAUCAACGACCGAAUCUGUCAUGGACAAAGUGACUCGGCGGAGAUUGAGAGAGGAAGAGUUGUUGCGACGGACAAGCAGUACGCGGACGUCUGGCUAUACGAGCUAUGAUUCCGCUGCAUCGACGCCAGCAACAACACCACGCUUUGAGGCUGGUGGCUAUAGUCAUGGCAGCUACUUUGGCGGCCCUGGCCCGAACGCCAACUAUUCGAGAGGACACGGAAGAAGGCAGCACAGAGUCACUUGA